ACCCUUACUCCUGAGCUUUUAAAAAGUUCAUUGUGAACUGCCAUUCCUUGGCCAAAGAACGCAUGUUACGUGUUACACAUGCCAGUUUUUUCGGGGCCCCUAACCUUAAGCCUGGAGUCAGAAAUUUUGUUCCGGCUUGAAAAGACUCGAGCCAUUGUUUCAGGUCACGUUCACAACCUUCGGUUGGACGCGCAAUGUGCGCAAGGGAUUCGACUAGGAGGGCAACGUAAAACUUCAGAACGCCAUAUAAAAGGCUCGUUAGUCACAUGAUCGUCCAACAGUGCACGACUCAUUCACGGGAAUAACAUUCCCUGCAAACGAGAUGGAUCAUAAAUCCCUAACCAAAGCCAAGUUCUUAAAGAUUCUCAAGAAGAAAGAAGUCACCGAUGAUGUUCAAUUGGAUAAAGUGGAGUUGAAAUCUGGUGCAGAAAAGGGUGAAAACUACUCUGGCCUUGUUGUGUGUUGUCACUUAGAAGCUACGGUCAAAGGCCAGCCCAAGACUUACGAAUGGAUGGCCAAGGUGCCUUUGGAUGAUCCAACUCGGUACGAUUGGCUCCGAAUGACGUACAUGGAACAAAAAGAGUUAGGGUUCUAUCAAGAUCUACUUCCAUCCUUGAAAGACUUUAUCAGCAAGAAAGGUUCCAACAUUCAGUUGGCCUUUUGCCCAUUUGUUUACGGUGAAUUCAACGACAAUAUUUCGAAAGAGGAAAUUGCCCACGGUUCGAUAAUCAUUAUGGAACAUCUUGGUCAUAUGGGUUACAGCGAACCCGUCAACAAGAAAUCCGGCCUUGACCUGGACCACGUAAAAUUGGUGAUGAAAUCUCUGGGCGAGUUCCAUGCAACCUCAAGAGCAUUUUACCGGGCCAAGCAUGGAGAUCUCGGGAAUAUUAUUGAAAACGAACCUUUCCAAGCUAGAGAUUUUUUGGGAUCUGAUCCAAUUGAGGCCAUGGCACUCAUAAUGGAACAAUACAAUGGCUCAAUCACUGAUGGAUUUCUCCAAACACUCGCCAACAUCGGAGCAGAUGGUCAAAUUUUUACGGAGUCUUUCAAACGAUUCGCCAAAGAUGUGAUGGACCCGCUGAAGUUACGUGAUCAGUUGGGACGACCUGACGCCUGCAAGUUUAAUGUGCUUUGCCAUGGAGACCCAUGGUUCAAUAACAUGCUCUUCAAAUAUGAUGGACAAAAACCCACAAAGGUGUGUCUGGUGGAUAUGGCUCUCACCAAGUGGGCCUCUCCAGCUAUUGAUUUGUCCUAUUUCCUGUUUUUGUCAACCACUCCCGAACUUCGGCAAGCUCACAUGGAGGAGAUCCUGGAAUACUAUCACGAGUGCCUCACCAAAUCUCUCCAUGAGUUGGGAGAGGAUGCCAGUGUUUUUAGUCUCAGCCAAUUGAAAACUGAUUACAAGAAAUGUUCGUUCUUCGGAUUUAUGAUGGCUUUAAUGAUAAUGCCUUUACUCUUGGCCAAGAAGGAAGACGCCUUGGGUUCCGAGGAGUUAACUGGAGACUUGAACGAUCCCGAGGCUGUAGAAAAAUACACCCUGAUAAUGGGUGAACGAACCAAAUCCUGGUAAACGUUAUUCUCCACCGAUUAGUUGGCGGUGCUACUUUUUUAAAUCUUAACCUGACCUAAUCAAACCUAAUCUAACCUUACCUAUCCUAACCUAACACGAUAUUAACAACCCUUAGAGUCUCUAUCUAAACCUUUUAACAUUUGGCCACAAAUUUAAAUAUGAGCACCGCCAACGAAUCGGUGGAGAAUAACGUUUAUCCCAAAUCCUCUAUGGCUAAUGAGCCUCAAAUUGGUCACAGAAUAUCCCGGGCAUUUUGGGAGAUGGUGGACAAUGGCUAUUUCACCAUUUAGAUUUAUUAUACCCGUUUCGUUAAUAAGGAAGUUUUGAAAUAUACCAUUAGUUUUUUGAUCUGAGA